CAUUGAAGUGCGGUGGAGUGUCUCGCUUUCUUGUUGAUGCAUGACGUCAGAGCAGCGCUCACAGCGAGCGCCUUCUCUCCUUCUUCGUCAGCUGCGUUCCUCUCUGUGUUGUUUCCGCAUAAUUACAAGGAAUCCCCGCCCAGCCCGAUCCCAGCUUGGCUGCGUUGUUUGGGGACAGUCCGAAGAUGGCGACGGCCCAGCUGUAUUGCGUCUGCCGGCAGCCGUACGAUGUGAGCCGGUUUAUGAUAGAAUGCGAUAUCUGUAAGGACUGGUUUCACGGCAGCUGUGUUAAGGUAGAAGAGCACUAUGCAGUAGACAUUGAUGUUUACCACUGUCCCAACUGUGACGUCCUUCAUGGACCCUCCCUGAUGAAGAAGCGAAACAACUGGCACAGACAUGAUUACACGGAGCCAAAUGACGGCAGUAAGCCGGUGCAAGCCGGCACAUCGGUGUUUGUGCGGGAGCUACAGGCCAGGACCUUUCCCAGUGGGGAUGAGAUCUUUGAGCACAUGCAGGGCAGUCAGGUUACCCAGCGGUAUCUGGAGAGGUACGGCUUUCGCUAUCCCAUCGCCGUGGCCAGAAUGGAAGGGCUCGGGCUCCGGUUACCUCCACCGGAUUUCUCCGUCAGGGAUGUGGAGCGCUAUGUUGGAAGCGACAAAGUGAUUGACGUCAUCGAUGUGGCCCGGCAAGCGGAUAGCAAGAUUAAACUAAGCACAUUCGUGAAGUAUUACUACAGCUCCCAGCGGCCCAAAGUGCUAAACGUCAUCAGCCUUGAGUUUUCAGACACCAAGAUGUCAGAACUCGUGGUGGUGCCCGAUAUCGCCCAGAAAAUGUCUUGGGUGGAGAAUUACUGGCCUGAUGACUCUUACUUUCCCAAGCCCUUUGUGCAGAAGUACUGCUUGAUGGGUGUCAAGGACAGCUAUACUGACUUCCAUAUUGAUUUUGGGGGCACGUCUGUGUGGUACCACGUCCUUUGGGGAGAAAAGAUUUUUUACUUGAUUAAGCCGACCCCCGCCAACCUUGCACUAUAUGAAGAGUGGAGCUCUUCCCCUAACCAGAGUGAAGUGUUCUUUGGAGACAAAGUGGACAAAUGCUACAAGUGUGUUGUGCGACAGGGAACGACACUCUUCAUCCCGACAGGAUGGAUCCAUGCGGUUCUCACCUCUCAGGACUGUAUGGCCUUUGGAGGGAACUUCCUUCACAACCUCAACAUAGGCAUGCAGCUCAGGUGUUAUGAGAUGGAGCGACGUCUGAAGACUCCAGACCUCUUUAAGUUUCCAUACUUUGAGGCUAUCUGCUGGUAUGUAGCCAAGAAUCUGCUGGAGACACUGAAAGAAUCUCGAGAAGAAAACUGCCUGCCUCCAGACUAUCUGAUCAAGGGAGUGAAAGCUUUGAUUGCUGCACUAAGGAACUGGCUAAAGAGAGAGGUCACAGAACCAGCCACUGAGGUCCCUGACCAUAUCAGGCCCAACCAUCUCAUUAAAAUGCUCACCAAGGAAAUCCACCACCUAGAGGAAUAUCAAAGCGGGAAUUGUGGAAACAAGCCAAUGAAAUCUCAGGAAAGCUCACUGUGUCCGUCCACGAGGUCAUCGCACGAGAGAGGGUCUCAUGCGUGCAGAAACGCCAGGCGUCUUCACGACCACCACCAAAACCCCCAUCAUCCCUCUCAUCCCUCCAGAGUUCCCUCCUACCUAGACAUCUUUGAGCAUCACACACAAGAGGUCUUAAAGCGACUGGAGAUGGGUCCCCAUGAGGAGGCCGCCUCCUUUAAUCUGAAGGUCAACAGCAAGUUCAACAAGGUUUCCACGGCCUCGGCUGCAAUGGUGGAGCGGAGUUUGGACAAUGACUUGCGUCUGGUGCUGAUCAACGGCCGUAUUAUGAGAGAUGACAAGCGGUAUGUCCGAGAAAAGAAGCCAAGGAUAAAGGAAGAGGAGAUAUCAAGAGAUGCGAAGAGGGAUACGCUCAAGAUUAAAACGGAAAAAGAGGAGCGACAGGAAGUGGAUAUUCGGUUAAAAGAAGAGCUUAAGCACAGUCACGUUGCCAGAGAAAUGAACCCCGUCUCCUUCACAGAUCUUAAGAAAGAGAGUUCAGAUCUCAGGAACAGAAUGUUGAUUCAUUCAGACGUCUCGUCAAACUCUGAAUCAGAGGAGGAAUACAUCUCAAGGAAAAAGAACGGCUCUGUGGAAGAAUCAGAAAGCUCAUCAGAGGAAGAUGAACAGAGAGAUGACCAAAAUAAAUCCAAUAGUAGCUCCAGCUACACAACAGACAGGCAUUCCAGGCACCUGGGUUUGGGUCAUGGCAUGAGUGAAGCUGCUACCUCACCGAGUACAGUGGAAGAUGCUAUCCAGGGGAUGCUGUCUAUGGCUGGGCUACUGUAUUCUAACCAAUCAGAAGAUCCCACUAGCUCACAGGAGUCCUGGUGGUCUACAGGCAACCCUCCCACCCCUGACUACAGUAGAAAGGCGGUGGUAUCCGAAGAGGAGAGCCAGGAUUCUGACAGCAACUCUUCGGUCAGUAAUAAGGAGGAGUUCAGGGAGCGUAAGCAUUCGGAAACAGAUUGUCAUUCCAAACUCAAGCAUAGGAUCCAGGAACACAAGAACUUCAUGGACAGCCAGGGAAGUGUGAGCAACAGCAGCAGCGAAGGAUGGAGUAGCCGCAUGCACUCGCCAGCACACAGAGAAAGCCCCACAAUGGGCUACCAAUACUGUGAGACGUCACUCUCACCACCCCUACACCCCUCCAAAAGACCUGCCCCAAAUCCCCCACCAAUCAGCAAUCAGGCCACCAAAGGUAAACGUCCCAAGAAAGGAAUGGCUACGGCUAAGCAGCGAUUGGGCAAGAUUCUCAAACUGAGCAGACACAAACCCUUCUUUGUGUAGUUCUGGUGAUGGCAACAGCCCCUACAGAAGAUUUGGGAUGCUGAACGUGAGAUGUCUGUGCGCCUGUGAGAGUUCAUUCACACAAACGUUGGCAUUGAGUGGGUUUUAUAGGUCACAGGGUAUAAAGUGUGUAUGCUUCUACACACUGGGGCAAAAGCAUGACGUCGGCUGUCAAUCAACCAGAAAAGAGCAGUUCUUCAGUUCCUCAAGUGAACCCACAAACAUUCCUAAAUAUAUUUUUUAAAGAAAAAAUGGAAGACUACCUGUUUUCUGAAGACAUAAGUUGUUUUCUGCUACAUCAAUUCAACGUAAGACGUCAAUUGAGCGAUGACAUUUUUUCAUAAAGGUGCUUGAUUUUUUUGACGUGAUCGCGUCCACCUUGCAAAUGACCCCAGCGAAGGAAAUAUUGAGUAAAAGGGCGUUGUUUGAUCGGUCGUUGUUUUUGUGAGCAUUUGUGUUCAUUCGUCGUGUAUUCUUUUAUUUUUUAUUACGUGCAAACUUGCAAAGACAAAGAACGCUGUGGUUAUUUUGACCUGUAUCGCCACCUAGUGGACAUCCGCUCCGAAAUUACACUUGAUGGAAGGAUCAAACACGUGUAUCACGAGGCUAAAAGGAAGACAGUUUUCUUUAAUUUAUUACAGUUUUUAUGAUGGUUCUUGAUUUCCCGCCCAUUGUUUUAUAAUGUUUUUAAAUGAUGUAUUUAUUACUGAUGAAAGAUUUUUGGUUUGUUGUUCUUGAGGUCUUGAUAUUUGGGGCAGUCAUUGGUGCACAAGCUCAACCAUUUUUCAAAAUCUGCAUUGCAUUGUAGAUGCAUGCGUUUUAUUAUAACAAGCUAUUUAAUCAGGCCUGCCCAAAACAUUCGCUAUGUGUUACGUUAAAACCAAUUUCAUAUUACCUUAAGGUGUCUUUCUACAUAAAAACAAAUAGUGACGAUUGCUUUUUAAAAACUAACAAUGUCACCACCUGUUAUUUUUUGGCUGAUUGUUACUGUUAUUGUAAGAAUCUUGUUUAAGUAUAAGUGUCAAAUUCUCAUACAUGUCUAAAAACACUCUUUGAACUGGUGCAAAAGAAAUUUAAGAUGGCCACAAAAUGUGGGAGAAUUUUUUACCUUUUUUACAUUAAAAAGUAUUUGGCUAGUCGUCUUUUUACAAAUAAUUGAAAGAGUAUUUAUUUUUAUAAGGUCUUCAUUGACAGAGAAUUUUGCAAUUGUACCAACAGUGUGUAUGAUUGACUAUUGAAAAAUGGCUACAGCUUCAAUUUGUAAGAUACGCUUAUGGUUUUAAUGGUAGUUUUCUCUGGGUUUGCUUAUAGUCAGAAGGACUUCAGGUAAUUGUUGAAUUUGAGCUCAAGCUUUUGGAUUCCCUUUUGAUGGAUGCCAAAUAAUGUUUUAUUGGUCUAUUGCUUUUAGUUAUGGUGUCUCAAAAGCAAAAAUAGUUACAUCAUCUUAUCUGAUCUACCUUUAAUAUUUGAGUAUAUGUCUGCACAAUCUUUGGUAAAUAUUCUCAUAAAAGAAAAUGAUACAUAAUCAUUUUCUGUCUUCCAGUUUUAUAAAUUGUUUUACAGAAACGUUCAGGCAUUGCCACACACAUUACAUAGGCUUCCAUAAGUUUUUGGAACCGAUUCCAUUCACUUUGCAGCUAUAUGAAAUGUUUUGAACAGGAAUAGCAGCUCAGGGCUCACAACGGGACUGUUUACUGACAGAAAGGUUUGGUAUACAUUUUUAAAGGGCUCCAAAAAAAGUCAAACAAAAGAUGGACAGAUUUGAACAUGGGAUUACAACUAGCGCAUGAAUCAGAAAUUCAUUGUUGGAGCGGAGAAUUGAGUAUGUACUAAACCAUUUGGACAUUUUAUUGUUGGUCUUGUUUUCAUGAGGAAAUAUUCUGGACUGGGAUAUUCAGCAUCAGAAUUGUGUUUUGAUCAUUAAUGAAGAUAAAACUAUGAGACCACUAAUGUAGCACAUUGUUUUUCUCAAUAAUUACAGAUACUAGUUUGUUAUGGUGCUAUUUGUCUGACCAGGAUAUAGGACAAAGUGCACAAUGUAUUGCAGUUGAAACAUUGUUGCUCAGACAUUAAUUGGGGUGAGAUUAUUUGUGUUUGGGGUUUUUUCAGUGCGAUCGGAGGUGCUUCUGUUGUUCUCACAAAAAAGUUGCACUGCAUUAACCAUGUCCUGCAUUGCUAUGUUACACUACACUGUUUGUAUUUUUGUUACUUUAUUUUAACACGAUAACAUGUCUAAAUAUGCUUGAUAAAAGUCACAUUGCUGGCCUGCAGGCAGGGUUUGUAUCAUUUGUACAGUAUUUAUUUGGCAUUCUCGAUUGUGUUUUCCUUUUAUGGUCUUGCAAUCAGUUAGGGCCUAAGUGUCUUUGUUAAUGGUGUGUCUUUGCCUGUUUUCAAUGCCCUAAACUGUUUAAAUUUGUAUAUGGUUGAAUAUUUUUGUUGAAUUAUUUGAUGCUGUAAUCCAGAGCUAUGGCUCUUUGAAGUUGGGUUGUCAGUUGUACAAUGUGGCCUGUAAAUAUUAAAAAUUAUAUGUUUGAA